GCUCGCCGAGGCAUGCAUUUGCAGCGUCACCCUGCCAAGCUUGGAGCGAGGCUCAUAAUCACAUUACUGGUUCUCCUGUUGGUCGUUCUGACGUCGUUGGACUCAUUUUAGGUCCAUGGCCGCGAGUCUUGGGUUGAUCGACGCACAGUAAGGUUCUGACCUGGCCCAGUUUCAUCAGCUGACGCGUCGACCGGAGCUUCCUUUGACAGCAUAUAAAUCAUAUUACAGCAAGGAACUCUCAGACCUGCUAUCACCAACCUCUCAGCCAUGCUUCGACUUUACCCUAUCGACCUGCUCGUCCUUGCUACGCCAGCUUUUGGUGGCCUGAUUCCUCGGGCUACGGAGAACUCACUUGUGGCGCGGCAGAACUUAACAUGCGAGCCGGGCGAGACCGUCUGCCCCAACACACACUAUUGCGUCAACCUGAACAUUGAUGCGGCCCACUGUGGCGCAUGCGGCCGUGACUGUGGAACCCACUGGGCAUAUUGUACAGGCGGCGAGUGCAUUUGCCGGAACACCAUGGGCAGGCGCAUGUGUUGGGACGACCCCCCAUGCCGGGACUUCGACUUCGACGUCAACAACUGCGGAGCCUGCGACGUCAAGUGCGCAAGCAACGAGAUCUGUGAGGACUACAAAUGUUCCACCUGCCCCGAGAACAUGCAAAUUUGUAAUAUCGGCAGCUUAUACCACCCUGUGGCGGGGUGCGUAGACCAGAGCACCGAUCCCUCGAACUGCGGCGGCUGCCGCUACCGGGUGAGGACAGAGCGAGAGCGCAGCUGAUAAUUGUGUGUUGAAAGCUCCGUGUGCGACAACGGCGUCUGCAAGUGCCCACCCGGCAAGGUUGCUUGCGGCAAUGGGCUUGUCCACCAUCCGGAAAUCGGGUGGACGACUGGUUAUUGCUCGGAUUUGAA